AUGCAAAAUAUCGGCAAAUUCACUUGGUCCUCUCCACCUAGACCACACAACUAUUUUAGCUAUUGGCAGUCUAAAAUAAAGGAAGAUCUGAUGAAAGAUGGACUCUGGGCUAUAAUGGUAGGAAGCAGCACUUUUGAGGACUUCUGCAACGACUAUACGUCUUAUAUCGAGGGUACCUCGGAUCGGUUUCCUGCUUUGUGUGCUACCUUCGACUUCCCUUACGACUCUGUCUCCUAUUCCGACUCCGAUUCCGAUCACGAUCUCGACUCUAAUUCCGGCUUAGACUCAGACUCCGACGCUGAUUCCGACGCUGAUUCCGACGCUGAUUCCGACGCUGACUCCGACUCUACGGAUACUAAUCUCUCGACAUCUCCUUCUGAAGCGGGAUCCUUUACGGUCUCUGAGCUUCUAGUAGAAUUUAUCUCGAAUUCUAGAUCUGAGCUUCUAGAAAAGAUGAAACAAGAUUGGAAAAUAUUAAACCGGAAUGCUUGUGAAAGGAUACUAUUUACUAUGGAUAAAAAGACCAAUAUUAGAUAUCAGAGGUUCAGAGACCCUAGGAAGCUUUGGGAAAGGCUUGUUAAGGACAACCCAGAGUGCGGAAUCGACAGAAACAGACAAUAUAGACUAACAAGAAUAUUAUAUAAUCUCAAGUUAGGUGCCCCAGGGACUGCAAAGGUUUAUGUCUCAAAAAUCAAUUCCUUAGCACAUCUAUUGGCUAAGUCAGGCAGGCGGGUAUCGAUGGAAGAAAAGAAUUUUAUCCUGGUAAGGGGCUUAUCAGGGCCCUGGCUGGAAAUACAAAAUAAAAUUAAAAAAAACCUUUGUGCAGAUUUCGAUUGGUCGGUGAGAUGGUUAUUUGAAUACGAGUCAAUCCUGAUUAAGAAAAAAAUAGAGGCUGAGAUCGAACACCAGAAGCAAGAGAAGCUGGCGAAGCUGGCGAAGCAGUCGGAGAAGCACCGAGCUAUACUAGAAAGUUCAAAUUGGCGGGUUCCAAAUCAAAACCCAGAACCUCGCAAUAGUACGGGUUAA